UCCAGACGCUUGCGCCACCUUGUGAAUCUGGUUUAUGUGGGACCUGGAUAAUCGAACCUGGACCUUAAGCUUCACAGGCAAGCGCUUUAACCGCUAAGCCAUCUCUCCAGCCCUCAACUGUAUUUAUUCUUAUUGGCUCUUGAAAGUGAGAGAAUAUGACUGCUGGCUCAGUGUGUGCCCCUCAGAUCAUUCCACUGCGAGUGCCUCAGCCUGGAAAAGCAAACCAUGAAAUUGAUAACAACACAUUUUUGGAAAUGAAAUCCGACACCCCAGAUGUCAACAUAUAUUACACCUUGGAUGGCAGCAAACCAGACUUUCUCAAGAAAAUUGGCUAUGGUGACAAUAAUACAUUUAAGUAUACAAAACCUAUCACCCUGCCUAAUGGAAAAAUACAAGUUAAAGCUGUUGCUGUCUCUAAAGACUGCAGAGAGAGUAGAAUUAUAACAAAGGUGUUUCAGGUAGACUACGAGCCACCAAAGAUCGUCCCUUCAGAAGACAAUAUUGAAAACGUUCUCAGAGGGUUUUCAAAGCAGGAGUCAAAAAAUGGGUUUGUUGUGCCAAAAUUAAGGAAGAAAUAUAAGAAUGAUGAGAAUAAAUCAAGUUGGAAUGUUAACCUUAAAAGGCUUGCAGACCUCAAGGUAGGGGAAAGAACAGACCUCAAAACUCUGAAAGAUCUUCGCUUCUCAGAGAGUCCACUGGAAAUUCCAGUCUACCAUGAAGGAUCAGGUUCUAGAUCACCCAACUACCAGUCCCAGUCCCCUGGCUUUGCACAUAUACCUGGCCAGAAGAAUCUGACAAGUACAGAGAUCAUGAGGAUUCAGAGGGAGACAGACUUUCUCAAGUGUGCCCACUGUCUGGCUCCUCGCCCAUCUGAUCCCUUUGCUCGCUUCUGUCAAGAAUGUGGUGUACCUGUCCCACCUAUAUUUGGCUGUCGUCUUCCACCCCCAGAAGGAGCUCAGAUGGGCUUGUGUGUAGAAUGUGGAAGCAUGGUACCCAUGAACACCCCUAUCUGUGUAGUAUGUGAAGCUCCUCUGGCUCUACAGCUGCGGCCACAGGCAAGUCUUCACUUGAAGGAGAAAGUAAUCUGCCGUACCUGUGGCACAGGGAAUCCUGCUCACCUGAGGUACUGUGUCACCUGUGAAGGAGCCCUGCCUUCCACACAAGAGUGGAUGCGCAAUGGAGGGAAAGUCCCUCCCACACCCAUUCAGAAUGGGGAGAGCAUUUCUUGCUCCAGAUGUGGUCGCCAGAACCUCUGGGAAGCAACCUUCUGUGACUGGCGUGGAGUUGGAACUUCUGCUAGCCACUCUGUUUGCCCUAAAUGUGGGGCUAGCAAUCAUCUGUCUGCCCAAUUCUGUGGCUCCUGUGGCACUUACGUGAAGUCCAUGACAAGAUUUGGCAUGGACAACACCUUGUCUCUAGUUGCUUGUGGACAUGGCCCUUUUUCCAAGCCCAGAUCUGCCUGGCAUUCCUUAAAUGUCCCUUGUGGUGCCGAGAUUAAGAAGGACAUAGGCACACAGACCAUUGGCCUGUUCUACCCAUCCAGCAAGCUCCUAGCAACAAAGGAACUGGAGACAUUAUCUCACAAGCAGAGGCAGGAGAAGAUGAGUGACCACAGACCCCUCCUCACAGCCGUCAGUCCAGGAAGAGGCUACUGGAGAAAACAGUUGGAUCACAUCUCUGCUCAUCUCAGGUCUUAUGCUCAGAACAACCCUGAUUUCCGGACCUUGAUUGCAGAACCCAGAAUGGGAAAGCUUAUCUCGGCUACUGUACAUGAAGACGGCUGUGAAGUGAGCAUCAGGCUGAAUUAUAUUCAAGUCUCAAGCAAGAACGUGUAUGUCAAUAAGACCAUGACUCUCAGUGACCACUUUCUGGGCAGUGUCACUGAUGGCAGGAAUGGGCUGCAUGGCAGCAGGUCAAGCUUGGUGAGUGACUACAGCCAGAGCACCACAGACACUCCUGAAGGGAGUAGGAAGAUGAAGGAUCUCAAACCCGAAAACCCUCAUAAAAAGAAACAGCUUACGCCUGAAAGCAGACUCCUGCUGGAGGAACUUGGUCCCACAGGAAGAGGAAGAAUCUCUGUGCUGGAGCAGCUGCUGGAUGAAGGAGCAGACCCCAACUGCAGCGACAGUGAAGGUCGACCUGCUAUUACUGUGGCUGCUGUGAAUAAGCACCAUGAAGCCAUUCCAGUUCUUGCCCAGCGAGGAGCAGACAUUGACCAGCAGUGGGGACAGUUCAGAAACACUGCUCUUCAUGAAGCAACUCUGCUUGGCCUGGAAGGAAGGGAAAGCGUCGCCACUUUACUAGGAUGCAACGCAAGCAUCCAAAAGAAGAACACAAGAGGCCAGACAGCAUACGACAUGGCUCUGGAAUCUGGGGAUGGUCUCAUCAGCUCACUCUUCGAUACUAAGUUCAGCCAAGGCCUUGGGAACCAACUCACCCAACCCAGGAACCUCAGCCUGGGUGACAGUUAACCUGAGGCAGCAACGAGGCUUCAUUCAAAGACAUAUCAAGCUGUGGCUAGUCUUUUUUUUUUUUUAAGAGCAACAUUUAUUUGAAAAGUAAAGGAAACAGGACACAGAUUCUUCAUGGAGGGGGAAAUUCCAGAGCUAGAGAUCUAUCUCCCCAGUGAGAGCCUAUCUGUCUGUCUAGUUGGGGAAACUAUCUAGCUCCAAUAGUGUCUCAUUUCCCCAUCUCAGAAGCCACCCUAACUACUGUUAGGUAAAAUGGCUUGAGAACCACUCUUGCUUCUUCGUGCUGAUAUGAGUGCGAUGUUAGACCACAGCAGCCAGGGCUCCUCUGGAGGAAGGAUUAUCUAAAAGCUCAUGGUAGAACAGUAUGGCCUGAUGGUCAUCUUUUGGGUACUAGAGUGUAUCUUUGGCAUAUGGAAUUGUACCCAAAACAUAUAUAAAGUAGUGUUAGCAACAUAGACUUGCUGCUGUCUUAUCUUAGAGGGGGAUUCUUUUUCAAAAGCAUGUCUAUCUUUUGGGGAGGUUUAGAAUGGACCCUCUCUGGUAAUCUGAGGCUUUUCUGUCUCUGGCUGAAACCUGAUGAAAGAGAAGCUUUCUUUGAUGUUGGCUACCAUGUCUCAUGUUCAUUCUUUUUUUUUCAAGGUAGGGUCUCACUCUAGCCCAGGCUGACCUGGAAUUCACUAUGGAGUCUCAGGGUGGCCUCAAACUCACAGUGAUCCUCCUACCUCUGCCUCCAAGUUCUGGGAUUAAAGGUGUGCACCACCACGCUUGGCUUCAUGUCCAUUCUUAUGAGCCAGACUCAUAGGAGUUGGCCUCGGGCUGGACAUCAUGACAGAAGACAAGAAGGAUGUACCAGGAGCAGGAACCCUAGUAAUAGAUAGGGUGUACCAUGCUUGAAGUUCAUCUUGAGGUAUGGAGGUUUAACUCUGUGUGGUCAGAGUGGUCUGUAACCUUAUUAAAGGUGGCAAGGGAUCAGCUUAUUAAGACAGCAUGAAAGUAAAAUUGUAAAAAUUAGAAAGAUAAUGGCCAGUGCUAUGUCAAAAUAUGGUACCACCAAGUUAGGAUUGUUCAUCUUUAAGCACCUUGAAUACCAGAGUUAGAAAUGUACCUUAGGUUUAAGCUGGCUGGCUUCUGAAGAGAAGCUUGAGGUCCUCUAGUGGUUCACAGGUAUAGUUCAGCCCUGUAGCUCUUUGGUUUGGAAGGUCAGUGGAGAUGCUGGGAGAGUAUAGAGCAGUAUAUGACAUGAGGCAAGUGUGAUGUAGCCACAACUGUGACUUGCACAUGAGGUGAGUCUGAGUUGGUUGUCUUCAGAAAGCAUGGUGGCACACGCCUUUCAUCCCAGCACUUGGGAAGCAGAGGUAGGAGGAUCACUGAGUUUAAGGCCACCCUGAGACUACAUAGUGAAUUCCAGGUUAGCUUGGGCUAGAGCGAGACCCUAUCCUGAAAAAAAAAAAUUCCAUAUGUGCCCCCCAAAAGAUGAUGCCAUCUAGGGCUUUAGGGUUUGUUUUCUCUGCCUAUUAAAAAUCUAGAAGGCAGGAAAGAGCUUAAAGGGAAAAAUUUACUUAAAAAGAAGCAGAACACAGAAUCAUGGAGGAGGGGAUUCCAGAGCCAGAGAUCUCUGUCUUAUUUUUGAGAUGUGCAUUUCAAAAUAGGAAUUAGGGGUUGGGUCAAUGGCUUAGCAGUUAAAGGGGCUUGCUUGCAAAGCCUAAUGGCCAGGGUUCCAUUCCCCAGUACCCACGUAAAGCCAGAUGCACAAAGAGACACAUGAGGCUGGAGUUCAUUUAUGGCGCACCAUAGUCACUCUGUCUUCCUCUUUCUCUGUGUCUUAAAUAAAUAAAUACAAUUUUAAAAACAAAUGUGAAAAACAAUAGGAAUUAAAGUUCACAGGAACUCCUGAGACUUUUUUUUUUUUUGUGGUGGUAUGGAGGAUUGAACCCAGGGCCUUGCUCAUGCUAGGCAAGUUCUCUACUACUGAUCUGUAUCAUUGCUCUUCUUUUAACUUCUUGUUUUGAGAUAGGGUCCCAGUAAGUUGUUCAGACUUGCCUUGAGCUCACUCUCUAGCAUAGCCUGGCCUUGAACUUGGGAUCUUCUGGUCUGGGCCACUAGGCUCAGCUCUUCUUUUUGUUUGUUUGUUUGUUUAUUUUUAUUUAUUUAUUUAAGAGCAACAGGUAGAGAGAGAGAGGCAGAGAGAGAGAAUGGGUACGCCAGGGCCUCCAACCACUGCAAACGAACUCCAGG